AUGGUUCGCACACGGCCCAUCCAGAAGUUUGCAGCCGCAGUCGGCCAAUGUUCAACAGAGACCUCCAUGUACGGCAAGUGCAUCGUUGCCGACUACAACUCUGUCCACAAGGACAAAUGUUUGAAGGAGUUUCUCAGACUGAAGGAUUGCUAUCUUAUUGCUGCCCGCAAAGCAAGAUAA